AGCUGUACGUGAGUGUGACUUGGUUAUGCCAUGUGAAGGUCGCGCAGUUGCUAGGGAAAUUGGUGUCGAAUAUUAUGAGACAUCGGUGCUUACUUACUUUGGAGUAAAUGAGGUAUUUGACAAUGUGAUCAGAGCCGCCCUCAUAUCCCGGAGACAACAGCGCUUCUGGAUGACCAACCUCAAGCGCGUCCAGCGACCUACAUUACAGGUGCCUUUCUGCCCGCCCAAGCCCAAGGUGCAGGAGCCCUCGACAGUGGUGAGCACCCUGCGUGAGGAUCUCCAUGGCCUUCUGACCUGUGCCGCCUUCACUGACCUGGUGCUGGUAGCUGGAGGCAACACCACUGGUGGUGGUACCAUAGUCCAUGCUCAUAGGUUCUUGGUUGCAGCUGCAUCAACUGCCUUCCACAAGCUACUCAUGACUGACCUCUCUGACUGUGUUACCACAAGACGCAGUUCAGACUCCAGCAUGCUGAGUGGCACAUUUGGUGAUACAACUCUGGGUAACUUCAACUCAGAUACAGAGUGUCUCCUUGGUAGUGACCAUAAUCAGCCAAGACCAGCCAGUCGACUAAAAGAGGCUGUGAAAAGAAGAUCGAGCAUGCAGACACUACCACAAGACCAGCGACCUGGGAUACACAGGGAACUGAAUCAUGCAGCCUUCCAAGCUAUUAGUAUAGAGCAGUGGGAUGACAGAGGUAGUGAACAAAGUAGCUGUGAUCACAGUCCCCGCCAGACUCCGGGUUGGGUACCCAUUCAAACAGUGGUGCACCUCAGUAAACUGGUCAGCGGUAUUGUACUCCGUGUAUUAGUACACUUCCUCUACACUGGCACCAUAUUUUGUCGUGAGUGCCACUUACCAUCCACUGAUUUGAGUGAACUUAAACAAGCUGCCGAGUUCUUAGAAUUGCCAGAGCUUCAAAUGUACGUCACAAAUCUAAUGAAAAAGGAGGAAUUUUUAAAUAAUGAUUUGUCCCAACAGUACCUGCAGAUGUUGUGUGGUCGAUUAAAAGAGUUGUGUUUAGAGGGCGGCCUCUUCUCCGAUGUAAUGUUCCAACUGGAGGACGGUACCACAGCAGCUCACCGUCCCUUACUAAUGGCUCGCUGUGACAUGAUGCAUGCAAUGUUCUCAGGAGACUUCAGAGAAAGUAAUGCCAAGGUGAUAACCUUUCCUGGAGUAAAGCAGCGGACCUUUCACAUCUUGGUGCAGUACUUGUACACAGACACUGUCCCGACACUCAAGAUUCGUGAGUGUCUUCCCAUUGUAGAGCUCGGCAACCGCUUGUGUCUUCCGCGUCUCAUAUCCUUAGUUGAGAUUGAGAUCAUUGACCUCUUCCAGCGAGUGAUCCAGGCUGGAGGUGAUGUCAGUGAAGACUGUAUUUACCUUCUGGAGCCUCUACAGAUGCACAAUGCUGACCAGUUAGUGGAGUGGUGCUUGACCUGCAUGGCAACUAAUUACAAUCAUGUAUGUCACAAGCAUGCCAAGCAGCUGAGAUCACUGCACCCAGAGAACCAGGCAUACCUGAACAGGCACAGAUGGCCUCCUGUCUGGUUAGUUCUCAAGCUUGUUUAUAUACUAUUAUUUACUAUUCUUCAAUAAUUCCAGUGAUAACAUUUCUCUUCUAAUAUGUAUGUACAGUACUAUACUGACUAAUAGUAAUUUCCAGAUAUAUUUGGGUAGAUUUUUAGGUUUUACCUUGGUAAAUAUGCUAUGCAUAACAGGGGCUUUCCAGGAGUACUAUGAAAUGUCAUCCACUCUUGUAAAACUAUGUCUCUUGUGAAAAUAUAGACAGACAUGUAUAAUGGCAGCAGAUAAAUGGUGUGAUGAUACCAAGAAGCUGUGGAUAAAAGCUUUUAGGUAAAAGAACACAUGUGAAACUAAUGAGACAUUGUAUUGUGUCAUAUUAGUUGCAUUUGUGUCCUUUUACCUAACGUUCUGUCGGUAAUUCUACCAACAUUAUUACACUUAUGUAAAGUUCAGGACAUUUCUUAAAGGAAACAUUUAGUGUAUUAAGAUAGACACUUCCUUUAAUAAAUGCCAUGAAGUGUACGUAUGUGUCUGUAUUGGCCAGUGUGAGUACAAAGACACACACAACAAGCAUAUACUGGGACAACGUUAAAGCUCUACCCUGAGCAAAACACUGCUCUAGUAGAAGCUUAUUUAGCAUAUUCUAUCUUCAUUACCACAGCUGUUCUAGAUGUUACAUAAUAGUUAUUUUCAUCAUGAAUGAACAAAGUUGUACUGAGAGAUUAUAAGCAGAAGCUCUCUGCAUGGAUAGCAACCACACUAUUGUCAAUAUAUGACAAGAAGGGAAAAGUGUGCAGAAGUAGCUCGUUUUAGAGUAAAAUAUGUACCAUUUUUGGUGUGUACUUUACUGCCUAAAGUUACAGGAAUAAUACACAAAUAACCUAUGUCAGCGUUUCAGUCCGACUUGAACUGAAACGUCGUCAUAAAUUUCAUUCUCCUAUGUGUGGGUUAUUUGUGUAUUGUUCCAGUCAAAAUAUUGUGUCUUUUUAUUCUUUACAAGAAUAACUUACACAAUUUGAAUUGCUGGAGUGUAUCUCAGUACAGAACUUGUUCCUAAGAUCAUCUUCAUUAGAGAAUUAAUUUACAGGUUCACAGCUCUAAGUAAUUUUGAGCAUCAUGCAUAAGGUAUAAGGUGAAGUUGUAGCCAGUUGUUAGUCUACAAGAUGUUGUAGACAGUUGUUAGUCUACAAGGUGAAGUUGUAGACAGUUGUUAGUCUACAAGGUGAAGUUAUAAGUAAGUAAGUUUAUUAAGGUAUACACAGAUAUAGUUACAUAGAUUAUCAUACAUAGCAGCAUAUGUGUAGAGAACCUGGGAUAACCCAAAAAAGUCAGACAAGUAAAGGUAAAGUUGUAACCAGUUGCUAGUCUACAAGGUGAAGUUGUAGUUGUUAGUUUACAAGGUGAAGUUGUAGACAGUUGUUAGUCUACAAGGUGAAGUUGUAGCCAUUUGUUAGUCUACAAAGUGAAGUUGUAGACAGUUGUUAGUCUACAAGGUGAAGAUGUAGCCAGUUGCUAGUCUACAAGGGGAAGUUGUAGUGAGUUGUUAAUCUACAAGGUGAAGUUGUAGCCAGUUAUUAGUCUACAAGGUGAAGUUGUAGACAGUUGCUAGUCUACAAGGUGAAGUUGUAGCCAGCUGUUAGGAGACAAAGUGAAGUUGUAGUCAGCUGUUAGGCAACAAAGUUAAGUUGUAGCCAGCUGUUAGUCUUCAGAGUGAAGUUGUAGUUAGCUGAUAUUAUGCUAACACCACAAGACUUUGAAAUUGCAAUAAAUGAAAAUGCCCAUGCACUCUGCCCCAAGCCCAGACUUGUGGAACUCUGUGUUUGUCAAGAACUGCAAGAAGCCCUUUUCACAUGCCUCUAGCAUUCUUUGGAGAGAGAGCAUGAACAUAAGGGUCAUCCCACGUUUCUAUAAAGAACAGACAUAGCCCCACUCUGCAAAGAAGGCAGUAAAGCAAUUGCAAAGAAUUUCAGACCAAUAGCACUAACAUCCCACAUCAUAAAUAUCUUUGGAAGGGUUCGAAGAAGUAAGAUCACCACCCAGUUAGAUACCCAUCAGUUGCACAACCCAGGGCAGCAUGGGUUUAGAGCAGGUCACUCCUGCCUAUCCCAACUAUUGGAUGCUCUGGAGGACAAACAAAAUGCAGAUGUAAUAUACACAGACUCUGUGAAAGCUUUUGACAAGUAGCACACAAUAAUAAUGUAAUAGCACACAAAGUGUGUGAUAAAGGAAUAACAGGAAAAGUUGGUAGAUGGAUCUAUAACUUCGAAACAAACAGAACACAAAGAGUAGUAAUAGUAAACAGAGAAAGCUACAGUGAAAAGCUCUGUCCCACAAGGUGCAGUACUCGCUCCCAUCCCGUUCCUCAUCCUCAUAUCCGACAAAGACAGAGAUGUAAGCUACAGCAUUGUCUUCCUUUGCAGAUGACACCUGAAUUUGCAUGACAGUGUCAUCCAUCACAGACACUGAAAGUCUCCAAGCUGACAUCAAUGAAAUCUUUCAGUGGGCUUCAGAAAACAAUUUGAAAUUCAGGGAAGACAUUUUAAUUACUCAAGGAAAUAAAAACCACACAAUAGGGUGAAAAACUAAUGUGAAGGACCCAUGAGUGAUAAUGGCAGAGGCUCUCACCUUCAAAAAUCACAGCAAUGUAUCUGCCACAUCUGCUAGGAAAAUGAUAGGAUGAAUAAUGAGAACGUUAAAAGCUAGGGGUGCCAAGCCCAUGAUGAUUCUCCUCAAAUCGCUUGUUCUCUCUAGGCAGGCAAAAUUGCAGACCUGGGGAAUGUACAGAGAACUUUCACGGCAUGUAUAAGCACAAUAAAGCACUUAAAUUACUGGGAACAGUUGAAGUCCCUUGAUUUUUACUCCCUGGAAUGCAGGCGAGAAUGAUACAUGAUAACAUACACUUAGAAAAUCCUAGAGGGACUAGUCCCAUAUCUGCACACAAAAAUCACUCCUUACAACAGCAUAAGACUUGGCAGGAGAUGCAACAUUUUCCCAAUGAAAAGCAGGGGUACCACAAGUACACUAAGAGACAACAUAGUAAGAGCCAGAGGCCCAAAACUGUUCAGCUGCCUCCCAGCAUACAUAAGGAGGAUUACCAAUAGACCCUGGCUGUCUUCAAGAAGGCACUGGACAGGCACCUGAAGUCAAUUCCUGACUAGCUGGGCUGUGGCUCAUACGCCGGUUUACAUGUGGCCAGAAGCAACAGCCUGGUUGACCAGGCCCUGAACCACCGCAAGGCCUGGUCACAGACUGGACCGCAAGGGCAUUGACCGCCAAGGCAUUGACAGCCAAAACCCCAUCCUUGUAUGCUCUAGGUAUGCAACUCUCAUUUGGAUGGUUGAUGUGACUUCUUGAGUGACUAGUUGUAAAAUAUGUUUCAUUUGCAAGAGAGUAGAAUAAUUACUCAAAAUGAUACCCCAGUAUCACACUGCUGAUGGCUCUUCAUCUUGUAUAUUAGUUGUUAUUUGGCUUCUCAGAGAGUUGAACCAGGCAACUGACACUUAA